CUAAUAUUCAUCCUUCUGUCUCUGCUGUUCACUCCCCUGCUGUUCACUCCCCUGCUGUUCACUCCCCUGCUGUUCACUCCCCUGCUGUAACCAAUACAUCCAGUCUUAAAGCACCUUCCUCGUCUACAUUGCACCCUAAUACAUCCCCAGGAAGUGUCACUGGGUCAUCUAUUAGUCAAAGGGGAAUCCUUAAAGAAUCCAAAAGCUAUCAUCAUGCAUAUGAAGACCAUGCUAGGAAAUUGAUCAAGUCAUCUAAGAAAACAUUCACCCCACCUGAAAACACAACUCCUUUACCUCACGAAGGAUCUUCAACAUAUGAGGACAAUGAAUCUGCCCAUCAUAAGAAAAAGAAAAUUAGUCUUGACAGCUACAAGCAAAUUAGACAUGAUAAAAACUAUAUAUGUAAUGAAAAGGCCUAUAAAGAUGGGUUAGGUCGUAAGAAUGAAUUCAACCCUGAUUAUGGUAAUGAAAAUGUACAUGACAAUACUAAUAAUGGUGGUGAAUACAACUAUAAUACAGUGUACAGUGCCAAUGAAUCUAAGAACAUGAAAGACCACCAACAGUAUGGUGCAUCUAAUGCACAACAUGCUAAACAAGCCAGCCAUGAGACCUACCAAAGAGAUUUAUACUUGUAUGGCAGAGACCAAGCACAGAUAGGCUAUAAUCAAUACCCAAAAGAUCAGCAUGUUGAAUUUCAAGAUCCCCUUUAUCACAAGCAUCAAAUGGGCAAGCAAGCUGAUCAAGAUCAGUAUACAAAAAAUGAGAACCAGUUACAACAUACAUUUGAAAAAAAUAAAAUUGUUGAAAAUAAAGAACAUCAUAGUAAACCAUCUGAAACUUAUAACCGACAUCAAGCUAAUGAUAAAAACAUGAGCCAUCAGUUUUUGACACCAUCAGUAAAUGAAGUAAAUAAGCGUUUGUAUAUGGAACAGGUUAAAGGUCAGCUUCAAAAAGAUGAGCAUUUAGAUUACCGUCACCCACGUGUUCAGCAUCAUGGAUAUCAACCAUAUAAUAGAGGCAAUCAACAGCAUGAUAGAUUGUAUUUUGAUGAUGUUCAGAGGCUAUAUCCAGGUCACAUAAUGCCAGAUCAAGGAUUUCACAAUAAUGCAGAAAGUCAAAAUACUUUUGUUCAUAGUGAGGCAAAUCAACCUGUCUAUCACAGUGAAAUUCAACAUCAGUCAACAGAUGAUGGUUUCAAUGCAUACCAAGAUCACAUUCAAGGAAGACCAUAUAGGAAUGAGCCAGUUUAUCAUACUGAACUCAUACAAGAUCCAAGUAAAAAGCCUUUUAGCAAUAUUGAUGCAGAUUAUAAGAGACAAGAGAAAAGUGCUAGUGUAUAUGAAGAUAAUUUUCAAGAAACAUUUGAAUCUGAUUAUAAUGAGUAUGCCAAUGACAGGCUUGUUAAUGUAACGACUGAAAAUAAGUCUAAUGAGAAUGAAGACAAUCCUACCCUUGUUGAAGAACUUGCUAGAGUUAUGAGUGGCAGGCCAGUUCAGAAGUCCUAUGAGUCGGCUGUAAGACCUGAGGAUAUUAUACCGAAUAAACAGAAUGCAGAAGAAAAUUCAAAUGUAAACUCAGCAAAGGGGUUUAAAAAGCCGCAUUACACAACACAAGGAAUGGAUUUACCUGGUCAUAUUUUAAAGCAAAUGGGUUUAGAUACAUCUGACAAAAUUGUCACUUAUAAACCAGAAACAAUUGUAUUUGGCGAGUCUGUACUACCAACAAAAUCAUCACCAAAAGAUGCUGCAGUUCACAAGUCCCUACCAAUGGUUUUAACAACAGCCAGUUCAAGCAGAACUUCAAAACCAGUUGCUUCUCUGUCAAGAGGCCAGUCUCCUGGCAGCUCAGCAGAGGAGGCCUCUCAGUCCCAAGAUGAUACCACAAAUGUUCAAGGUGAAACCUCAGAGCUUGACUAUAACAGAGACUUAACACUACCCAAAGAUGCAGUGCAGGGUUUAAAGUCUGUGAAACCACGAAGAGCUUCAAAAGAAGAGCAAAUUGAGAAUGAAAGGAAAUUUAACCUAAGAAAGGUAUUGUAUAAAGGAUUUGCAGAGGCAGAUGCUGAGAAUGAAUCUGGAUCAGAUGAUGACAGCAUUUAUAAUCUGGUGAUCGAUAGUGAUGUGAAAACAGACAUUGAAAUAACUUCUAGUCAUGUUGAGCCUUCUACAGAUCAAAAAGUCAAUGUUAGGAUUUCAACAUUGAAUGAUGACACCAGAAAAUUUGAUGUUAUUGACCACGAAACAGAAUGUGAUGUGAACAAAGACACUUUUGGAAAAGAAAUGAAUGAUGGAAAUAAGGAAGAAGAUGGUUAUGCUAUUGUAGAUGGAAUUGAAAUAAAUGCAAAAAUUUAUGAUGAAUUUGAUGAGGAACCAUGCAACGAUGAGGCUGAACUGGAAGAAGGUGAGAUUCCUGAUGAUGGUGUUGAAGGGAACGAUCUAGUUGACAAAGUGCAUGAAAACGAAGGCACAAGCAACACUUUAAGAGAUGACUUUAGAAUUGUUGUAAGACAAGCUGAAGGUGACAAAGGCAAAAUCGACAGAGGGAGAAGGAUUUCAAGAGAUGUUGUGGUUCAGAGACGCCAAAGUAAAGUGGAUAGAAACAGUAAAGUUAAUGACAGAACAAAGGGAGCCUCGAGUGAAGAGAGAACUGUGUUAAUUAAAAACAAAGAGCCAACUGGGAGGUCCAAAAGUAAAGAAAAACGUGAAAGAUCUCGCAGUAAAGAGAGGGAAAGGAGAUCCAGAAGCAGAAGUAGAGGAAGGAGAUCUAAGAGUGAAGAAAAGAAGACCAAGGAUCAAGGAAUGCGGUCGAAGAGUGCAGAUCGAAAGAAGAGGCGAAGAUCUAGGAGUCCAAAUCGUAGAAGAACUCCAGAUCGUAGAAGAUCAAGGAGUCCAGACCGAAGAAUAAGGGAUAGAGGGAGACGAUCUCGGAGUAGAAGUCCAGAGAGGAAUGAUUGCUCAAGGAGGCCUAUUAAAAUCAAUAGAUCUUCAGAAAGGACAUCAAGAAGAGAUCGUCGAAAAAAUUCUGUUGAAGUUGUGGAUGUCAGUAGAAACAAAUCUAGCUCUUUGUCACAUGAAAAGAAACCAAAGAUUGCAGAUAGAAGCAAACAAAACCUUAAACCAACAACAUUACUAGAGGAUAUGAUAUCGAAAAAUGCAAAAGUGAAAGACAAUACAACAGAAGUCCAAAACUCUGAUGCAAAAAUCACUUCAGAAAAUUUCAUUGUUACAAAAACUAUAAGUACAAUGGCAAAGGACAAAGAUACAAUCCUAAUUGAAGAUGAUCCUAUUGUUGUUAUUGAGGAUGAUGCUAUUGUUAUUGAGGAUGACACUGUUGAAAAGCACAAGUCUGCUAAAAAAGCCAUGUCUUCAAACAUAGAUGUCACUGUGGUUAGUCAUACUCCUACUGACUCAAACAAAGCCAAGCCCAAAGUAAAAGAAGACAUUCCAGACAUGUCUGAAGUAGAUAAGCUCAAUAAAUUAAUGGAACUCCAGAGAAUACUGAAAGAAGAGCAAGCUGCUAGAGAACAAGCAAGAGAAGAGAGUCUCAGUAAAAGAAAGGUUAUUUUAGAAUCAAUUCCAGCUGCAGCACCUAGCAAUAAAACAUUAACACCUUUUGUGGCUUCCCUUGUGACGACUCCAGAAAUACCAUCACAAAGCAGUAACACCAGAAAUGUUGUAAUUGAGCCAAAACCAACGGAGGCUGAGCUGUCAAAAGAGCAGAAGCGAAAAGUAUUAGUAAAUGCUCUUAUACCUACUAAUGUUAUCCAACCACCAUGGCCUCAUCCAAAACAUCAAAUAGGGACCCCUAAGAUAUCUUUUAUCAAUGAAGGUCCUGAUGGUCUUGAAGAGAAAACUCGUAAGACUAGUGAUAAGACUAGUGAUAUUGGUUCAGAUAUGGAGAUCGAUGAGAGCGUAUCUGCAAAUAAUACACCAAAAGCAGAUUCUGGGAGAAGUACCCCAAAAAUAGUAUAUGUUAAUACAGAAACACCCCCUUCCAAAGUUCAAACCCCCCCUUCCAAAGUUCAAACCCCAACGGCACCUCCAGGGGAUGUUACUCCUGGGAAUAUUCAACCUGCUAAAGUUAGAUCAGGAAGUGGGAGUUCAACCCCAUCAUCCAGGACUAGCACUCCAAAGAUAACUUAUGUAAAUGAGUCUGUAAAACAAAUGCCUUCAAAUACCACACCAGACUCAUCUGUGAAACCUAGGACCACGGAAUUGGAUGAAGAGCCUGUUGAACAUAUAACUGAAGAUGCAACUCAAAAGCAACCAUCUGUUGAACCAUUAUUGGAACCUUCUUUAAAAAGAUCUGGUGGAGUUGGGACACCAAAGAUAUCCUUUGUGGGGUCUAGCAACUCUCCAUCACAACGGAACACCCCAAAAAUAUCACAUGUAGGACCCGAGGGUAAUGUUAAGCUACAAAGCCCCAAGAUUUCAUAUGUUGGGAGUAAAUUGCCAUCACUGUCUAUGUCAAAUGCUGACCUUAGUCAGUCAUGGCCUGCCAAUAUGUCUAGGACAUCUACCCCAGAUAGGGCACGUUCUAACUCAAUUGAUGAGCAGACAUUGGCCAAGAAGAGGAGGUUAAAUGAUGAACAAGAUCCAGAACAAAAUAUUACCAGAAGAGUUGUAUUAAUUGACAAAGGUGAUGAUGAUGAUGCAAGCAAGGGGCCUCCAGUUAUUGAUUCUUCUACUAAGGGGUCUUCAAAUACCACCAAUUACCCGUCUACUACACAGGAUUUUGUGGAUCAGGCUGCCAAUUUUACACCCGCAGUCCCUACUGAAGAUCUGUUUGACACUGCAAUAGGCUACGGCGACAUGGACCAUUGUCAGGAUGAACAAACAGAAACAGACUCGGAGGAUGACAUCUAUUCAAGCAUGGACUGUGUGGACCCCUACAACAUCAAACCAUCUGAUAGUGUGUCCAACCAUGGCUCAGAUGAUGAGGACUAUGCUGAUACCAGUCAAAUCUUGCCAGAUGAGUUUGUCUUAGACACAUCUUACAUGAGUGAAAGGGAUUCUUUUCUUGGAGAUGAUCAGUGUUCUUACUUGGGUGCCUCAUUAGCGUCAUUCCGUACAACACAUACUUCAAUAGACAUGGAAAAUGAUGAUGCUGUGAGCAUUUUUACGACAAAAUCAACGAUCAUACAAAAACGGAAAAAGGCUUCCCAGGAUUCAUCAGCAGCGAUUGACGACCCAGAUGACACUCUCAUUCUCAAUGAACCAAUGGAAAUAGAGGAUCCUCAAGAUGGAGGUAUUGUUGAAACGAAUCCAUCUGCUUCUCCGAGUUGUCAUAUAUUUGGUGAACCAAUGAUGGAGGGAUUGUCCCAACUCCAUGCUAGAGCUAAAGAACAUGCAAAAGCAGCACAGAGGAGAGCAUCAUCAGGCCAAGAGGCAAUAGGCUCAAGCUACUCUCAGAACAAUGUUCCAGAGAAAUCCCGGGAAGAGCUGGAAAUAGACAGGUUGAAUGCCAAGUUCCAGCCAGUAAUUGAUCUUUGCAAAAUAGGGAACCAUAACAAUGCCUGGUUCAGAUUCAAGGCCCUUACCAAAGGUAACUAUGUGGUGCCCACCAGCAAGGUUUUGAUUGCGCUAUUGGAUGUAUUCGCUUCAAACAAGAUGUUAGAUAAAUCAACUGAGGUCCUGAACAUUGCUCUUGGCCUACAGUCAAUACCUACAAAAGUGUGUGAAAGAUUCAUAGAGUUAUGGCAGAAUGACAAGGAUCGUACAAUGCCACAAUUCAAAUAUAUGAUUCAGAUAUUGCAAAAGCAUAACCAGGUGCUGUCAGCUGUCUACAUGGACUUCUUAUUACAAACAUUCUGCAGAGCUAACCUAUGGCCAGAUUUCUGGAGAAUGAUAAACCAAUGUAAGGUCCAUAAAGUCCAGAUCACUCCAGCUGUCGCGAAAAUGUGCAUGUUAGAUCAUGUGGGUGGAGACAAUAGAAAUAAUGACGGACAUAGGGCGGAGGAGCGCCAGGGUGAGCAAACUGGCAGAGGCAAUACCUCUAUCGGAAACUAUAUUCAAGAAAUAUCGAAUUCAUUUCAUAGUCACAAUGCGACAAACUUGCUCAGAUUGUAUAAGAUGGUUGCUGAGAAGUCUGGUCUUUUGAAGCAAUGCUACAGGAAAGCGUACGCAGAUGGAUUUAUAAACCUUGGUUGUCAUGGCAAUGCCAUGAUAGUUAAAAUCCAGAUGUUCGUAAAGGGACUGAUGGUUAAAAAAAAUGCACAUAACAUGCCCGAAGCACUAAGAAAUAAUGCAAGUUACACAUUGGGUCGGAUCCUCUCUCCAGUAUUACAGCAUGUACAUAGCCACCACCAGUACAUGUUAGGUUUAAAGGUACUAAAGCUUUGCCGAGUACAUAAUAUAGUAUGGCCGAAGGAAACGUCAAGCACACACAACCUCACAUACGUCAUCGCUGACCUACUCAUUAGAGACAAUAAUGAACAGCAGGCAAUUGACAUUUUGAAUGAAUUUAACUGGCCGUCACCAACAGCUGAGUCCCGUGCGCUCCGCUAUACUGUCUUGACAUCACUCCUUGAGAGUAUGAUGUCUCAGAAGAAGCUCUCCACCAGUGUGAAGAUCUUCAGCAAAUUACUUGACACACGGAAAGAAGAUGAAGCUGUACCAAGCAUUGCGGCAUAUCCUCUGAAGGUUCACGAAAUCUAUGAAACAAUCCUCAACACAAGUCUAAAAAUUGGUGACACAGAAAACUUUUUGGGAAUAUUCCGACUUCAGUCCAGCAUCGGUGUUAAAAUCCCUAUGCAAAAAUGGAUGAACCGUAUCUUAGUAACACUUAUUGCUGAUAAAAACAUCAAAAAUGGACGAAUCUGGUUUUUGAUGUCGGUCAAGGAAGGUGUAUAUAUGAAAUCAGUUGGUAAUAUUUUGAACACAAAGACAAUCGUUGUCAACUGCGGCCACCUUAGGCAGGAAAUGUAUUAUAUGAUAGAAGAAGGACUUGCGAGACUCUACUCAGGUUUACAUGCUAAAUGCGAUGCGGGACGGAAGCUUAAUGUUUCCGAUUUCCAAGUGAAUAUCAAUAUAAUGCAGAGUAAGGAUAGACUCACAGAGAAUAGUCCAAUGUUGAGUACAGAUACACGUAAAGAAGCGGUCCAAGAGAGGAUUAGGUCUGUGCUCUUAGAUCUAUUGAAACCACCAAUCAAAUGUUUGCGAACGGAUGACGGUGUAUGCGUUGUGCCUCAGUCUCUGCAGGAACACUUUGAAAUGUCUGAGAAUCAUUAUAGAAGUUAUGAAAGAGAGUUUAUACUACAACAGCCUAGGGAAAUGGUGGGCCCAUCUCACCCGCAACCACAACCGCAUGAAUCUCAGCAGUCUGAUAUGCUACAGUAUUCAGAGCCUCAUCAUAGUGCUACUGAAGCACAUGGUGCUGUGUUACCAGGACAACAUGAUGCUAUUGAGACACAACAAGGUGCUCUGUUACCAAGACAACAUGCUGCUAUUAAGAUACAACAAGGUGCUCUGUUACCAAGACAACAUGGUGCUAUUGAGACACAACAUGGUGCUCUGUUACCA